AUGGCAGUGUUGCUGGAACCGUUUCAGAGUGUGGAUAAAAUCCAGGUGUUCAUGCGGAUGUUGCGGUUUGAUAAGGUAAUAACGAAUGAGAAUGAUGGUGGGAAAAUCUGGGUGUUUUGGAAAAGUGAAGUGGACGUGCAGGUUGUCCACAUGAGUUCACAGUAUGUGUCUUUACGUAUUAGCGAAGGAGAUAUUCAUUUCUUGGGCAAUUUUAUUUAUGCUAAGUGUAAUAGGUAUGAGAGACAGAUGCUUUGGGAGGAGCUGAGUUCGGAUAGAAUGGGUGUUGAGCCUUGCUUGUUUGCUGGGGAUUUCAAUAUAAUUCGGUCGGACGUGGAAAGGUGUGGUGGAUGUCCACGGACUAGAAUUGCAAUGGAUGAGUUUAAUAGAUGGAUUCAUCAGGGCGGGCUGAUGGAAAUGAAUUCACAAGGGGGAAAGUUUACAUGGUGCAACGGUCAGCAGGGAUUAUCUAGAGCUUGGGCAAAAUUGGAUCGAGUGUUAGUUGAUGCAAAUUUCCUGACAUUAUUCCCGAGUGCUCAUUGUUCGGGGCUUUUUAAAUUAGCUAGCAAACUUAAAAAACUUAAGGUGGCAUUACGUGAAUGGAACAAGAGGGUGUUUGGGAGAACUAAUAAUCAGAUUGCUAUUCUUGAAGAGAAUGUUGAGAGUCUUGAACAUUUGUUGCAGAGAGAUUGGGAUAAUGAUAUUGAAAGGGAGCUAGUGAGGUGUUCUAAUGAGUCGUCUUCUUGGAGGCGAAGGGAGGAUAUAAGACUGGCUCAGAUGGCUAAAAUCAAGCGUAGGAAAAUUCAUAAGCUGAGAACUUCUAAUGGGAUGGAGUCUAAUUCUCCGGAAGAAAUUCAUCUUGGUGCCGUUGAUUACUUUUCUGAGUUUCUUCAUAGAUCUAAUCCGGCAAGGGAGAUGCCAGAUUUAACAAGCUUGAUAUCGUCGGUUAUUGAUGAAGAGGAUUGA